AUGAGGACGCUGGGACAGGGGGGACAGAAUGCGAGGGGGAGGGCGCCCGUGGGCAGGGGCGCCUCCGGGAAGGCGACCAAGGCGGGCAAGGCGAAUCAGAGCGAGGCGGCGGUGACGCGGAGCGCCGGCAGGAGGGCGCGGAGGACCGAGGAGGCGCCGCCAGCGGCGGGGUCGAAGAAGCGGCAGGCCACGGCGACGAGCGGCGUCUGCAGGCGAGCCGUCAAGCAGACCAAGGUGGAGGAGAAGGAGAACGCAGCGUUCAAGCCCACCGGCCUCGCGCCAGUCCCCGAAAAGAAGAGGGCGCAGCCCGGGCAGCAGAAUGGCGCCCCGCCGCGGCGGCCUCUCGCACCCCGCCCGGCGGACGCCCCGCAGCAGAAGCCUCCCGUGGGGAAGGCCCCCGCGGGCAAGGGGGCCCAGCCAGGGAAGGGGCUCACUGGCAAAGCGGGUCAAUCAGGCAAAGUCAAAGUAGAAAAGCUGGCGCAGAUUCUAAACUCUGAGGCACAGGAAGUGCCACAGGAGGCGCCGAUGCGCCGGAGGUCCCUGAGGUUGAAUCCGAGCAUGGUCGAGCCCGUCCAGCCCGCGCCGCGAAGGAUUUCAAACCGCAGGCCGGCGCAGCGGCCGCCCGCGUCGCAGGGGGGGAUCAGCACCUCGGCGAUGAUGCAGGGCCGCGCGAAUCAGGCGGCGGCGACGCGCAGGUCGUCGGCGAGGGGGCGGAAGAGGCCCAGCGAGGAGCAGGAGGUGGACAGCCCGCAGGCGCCGGCGUCGCCGGCGCCGGACAUCGACGGGCCGGACAGGGGCGACCCACUGCAGUGCUCGGAGUACGCCCAGGCCAUCUACAGCCACUACAUGGCGAUGGAGGCCUCGGCGAGGGCCGACCCGAACUACAUGGCCGCUGUGCAGGCGGAGAUCAACUACAAGAUGAGGGCCGUCCUUAUCGACUGGAUCGUCGAGGUCCACCUGAAAUUCAAACUGAUGCCUGAGACCCUAUACUUGGCUGUCAACCUAAUAGACAGGUACCUAGCAAGGGUAAAGAUCGGGAGGAAGAGGCUUCAACUGGUUGGCAUAUCUGCGCUGAUGAUCGCUGCAAAGUACGAGGAGAUAUGGGCACCUGAGGUUCGGGACUUCAUUCAGAUCUGUGACCACGCCUACACGCGCGCAGACAUCCUUGCCAUGGAGAAGAACAUGCUCAUCGAGCUGGGCUGGAAGCUCACCAUGCCCACGACAUACCACUUCUUGUCAAGGUUCCUUAAGGCUGCGGGCAGCCAGAACGACAAACACAUGAACAUGUUGGCCGCCUACAUCACGGAGCUGUCUCUGCUCAGCUACAGCACCCUCAAGUACAAGUUCUCAGAGAUCGCUGCCGCAGCAGUGUAUGUAGCUAGAAAGGCAGCAAAGGUACCAAACUCGUACCCAUAUGCGCUACAGAAGCAUUCGACCUACAGGCUGGCGGACUUGUCUCCAUGUGUGGAAGACCUUGUGGAGCUGAUGAAGAAAGCCGGAAAGGACCUCACCAAGGCGGUGCACAGAAAAUAUUCGAACGGCAAAUACCACAGUGUGUCGACAGAGACAGAGCCUCCACAGCUGUGA